AUGUUUCCGCCGGAAGCUGUAUGAAUCAAUAGAGCGUAAAGACGAUCCGAGGGCGAUCGAGAGUUGCGAGUGAAAAGAAGCAAUGUCAUUUGUGGUAGCGGGUUUAAGGAACCUUCUGAAAUGUUCUAGUAGGAUACAGACUUGUUCUACAAAAAUCACCAGUGAACAUACUGCAGUAGGACUUAAACAUGUCCAACAACAGUGGUCAAUUCCUAAGCGCUGUCUAACUCUUCCCCCAGAAAAGGAGAGCAAUCUCAAGAAAAGGGGAAAGUUUCAACCCAGUGCAUGGAAACGUCUCCAUAAGCAUGGAAUAGAAACUGCAUUGACAACAUCAUCAGGACGCAGAAGACUUUUCAAUAGAUUACUCAGAGGAAAAUAUAACCUUACAGUGCAUGACUCUUUUCUAGCCUUCAAACCUAGAUAUGCAAAAACAAAGAAAGAAUUGAAACAUGAGGCAACCAUACCUAAGCCUCUUAGAAGCCGUCAUAGUGCGUGAAGUUUGAUAAUGUAAGGAUGUUAACCAAUACAAUGUAAAAAUGUAUGUAUGCUAAUAAAAGGAAUUGUGUGAAAUA